AUGAUUUUCAUAUUUAUUCUGCUACCGCUAGCCAUCUUAGCACAAGAGAAUGCCAGAAUCAUUCAUCUACAUGAUGGAGACGCGAUUAUGCGCCUAGAAGCCAGAAUCGUGGAUAAUGCCGUACAAAGAGUGCCAUCUUUCGCUUACAAUGCAGAACCUGACUUUAAAUGGAGGUAUGCAAACUACCUGAAGAAAACCGAGCCACAAAUGAUAACGGCAGAAAGGCGAACUUCACAGAAAACUGCCGGCAGUCAUCGAAACAAUCACCAUGGACCACCACCAUAUAUUCCAACACCGUAUUUCCUUCCGAAAUUUUCCGCUGGAAUGCCACUCUACGAGGGUUAUCGGAUGUUACUGACUGACGAACAGUCUGCUCGAGACAGGCUUAUAGAAAAACAGUCAAACAUUCCUAAUAACAGUGAUUCCAAAAUCAUUAGAAUGUUGUUCAACCAGGAUUCACCAAAAAUGGUCAAGGCCACGGAAAACAUCUGA